AUGCCCUUGCCCAGUUUGUCCCCUGCCACGCCAGUCAAGGAGAGCAGCCCAGAGGUCCAAGAGGGCAGCAGCCCAGAGGUCCAAGAGGGCAGCAGCCCAGAGGGCAGCAGCCCAGAGGUCCAAGAGGGCAGCCUAGCUGCUGCCGAAACAGAGGGAGCUUUGUGUCCUGCAAACCAGGGCUCGCCUUCUGCAAGCACCAUGGCACCUCCAGCUGGCAAGGAGGGCCAGUCCACUAGUGGGGAUGUGGAGACUCAGAAAUGCCUGGAGGCCGAGUCUCCCAAAGAGGUAAAGGAGAAGGCAGAGGUGGAGUCUGACCAGGAGGAGAACCUCAUUCCUCUCUCACAGCUGACUCCCUACAUCUCCUGUUACAUUUGCAAAGGCUACUUAAUAGAUGCAGCAACCAUCACAGAAUGUCUUCAUAGCUUCUGUAAAAGCUGCAUCAUAAAACAUUUUGAACAUAGCAACACAUGUCCAAAAUGUAACACUGUAGUGCAUGAGGCCAAACCUCAUAAUAGCCUGAGGUUGGAUCCACAAUUACAAAACAUAGUGUACAAAUUAGUGGCAGGUCUAGAGGAAAAGGAGCAAAAGCAAAGACGUGAAUUCGCCAAAGGAAAUUGUCCAGAAACACCCAAACCUGCUGCUGUUCUGCAGCCAGGCCCUUCAAGCGAAGGGAGCACUAAGGACCUUGUAGAAUAG